CCAAGUAAGGUAGUGCUAUUUCUAGGAAGAGCAAACGAGAUUAUUUCACCAUCAAGAGAUAGAUAACGAUUGCUGAGGGCUGACGGUGUAGCUGCGUGUGUGUGUUUUACUUAUAUUCACCAAUCAACACGAUAGCGUUGUCGUUGUAAACAUUUUCCUUACAUUCACAAAAAAACACGAUGACGUUGUCGUUGUAAACAUUUUGCUUACAUUCAAUAAGUAACAUCGUGACGUUGCAAAUGUUUUACUCUCUGUAUCAAACAAUAUACGAGGAUGCAGUUGUGGACAUUCUACUCGUUAUUGAGACGAAUAGUGACGUUGUUGCCGUAUAACAAUAUACGAGGAUGCAGAUAUAGACAUUCUACUCAUUAUUCAGACGAAUAAUGACGAUGUUGCCGUGACCAUUUUAUUUCUUUUUACUAUUGCGGAACAUGAUAAGGAUGUUGGUGUGAUGAGUUUUUGUUAGCGGUUCUAUCAGGUGAUCAUGAAGAAGCUAGACAUUGCUAACAUAGGUUAUUAGAACGUGAAACAUAGCCCCAGACAGCUGGCUGUAUACACGUGAAAUAAUAAUCCAUUUUAUCAUUCAAGUGAAUAACCUAUUAACUGGACAUGGCUGAAAGCGGUGCUGCUCAAAUUCUGCAAAUUCGUGAUGAGUUCGUUACGUGUGAGAUUUGUUUGGAGUAUUUUGAUGACCAGGACAAAUCUCCACGUAUCUUACCGUGCUUCCACAGUUUCUGCUGUCGCUGUCUGGAGUCGAUUUGGGAGAAGUCACCAGCUGGAGUAAGAUGUCCCAACUGUCGACAGGUUUGGCCUGUUCAGAAGAACAUACCAGGAACAUUUCCACAAAACAAGGUGUUGAGGAAUUUAACUGAAUAUGUUAACAUGAAAAGCAAGCUGGAUGAAAUUAUGUGCAACGAGUGUCCAGACAGUGCCAUGGCAACAGUACGUUGCCUGGACUGUCUGGAAAAUAUGUGCGAUAGGUGCACAACAUGCCAUAAGAAAUUUGUAAUGUCGAAGCUUCACAGGACUGUUCUAAUUGCCGAAUAUAUGAACAUGCCUCAACAAGAAUUUUUCCAACAGACAGACAUAUGUAACACUCAUCAAAACUUGAAGUUGGACCUUUUCUGCAGGGCAUGUUCAGUCGCUGUAUGUCCAUCGUGCGCUCUUAUCUCCCAUAGAGAUCAUGGGAUACUAAACCUCAAGGAUGUCUACCAAGCAAAGAAAGAUCAAGUCAGUGCAGUUUUAUGCGAUUUAGAAAAGUCGAAAGACACAUCAGAAGGUUACAAAUGCAAGCUUGUUGAACAGAAUGAAGCACUAAGUGUUAUGAAACAACAACUCAUUCAAGAUGUUGAUGAUUCUUAUAACAAAUGCAUCACAAUUCUGUCUGAGAAAAGACAACAAUUAAAAGAACAAGUCAUUUCUAACGUGGCCAAACAACAGGCUGACAGAAAUCACAAAUUGGAGACGCUAACUCUGACAAAUGACAGAAAAAGUCAACACUCUCUUUACUGUCAACAAGCGAUGUUGUAUGCAAGAGCUGUUCAGUUUAUAGAAAUGUCUGGGGAUCUGGAGAAGGAAACCAGGAGGCUGCUAGAAAUACCUCAACUGUUGGAUAUGAAGAUGGAGGAGGUGGAUGUAGAUCUGGAUACCUUUGAACAGGUUUGUAAAAUCGUGAAGAAACCUGCAAUAGUGGUUGAUAUAUCGAAGAUAAAACCGUGUAUUGAGGUAACGGAUGCCAAGAAAGGCGAAGAAUCCCGUGUGGUACAAGUUACACUGCUACCAAAGGAAACUAAAGCCGAAGAUCAGAAAGAGAUGUUAAAGGCAAUGAUUGAACCAGCCACUGAAAUGAAGGGUGAGGAGAAACCGAAGACAGAACUGAUUUCGUUUGGUGUGGGGAGCGUUACGUACAGACCAACGUGUACUGGACCUCACAGGUGUUUCAUCAGUCUCAGUGGACAACAGUUGACUAAUGAUGGAAUUGUAUUUCACAGCAGAGACACAGAUGAGGAUGUGAUGAAAAAAAUCCUCUUCGGUACUAGUGAGUCAGGACAAUACAGAGAACUUCUUUUACCAACUGUAGAGUUUGACCGGAAGACUAUCAACAGGAAGAUAUGUAGUAUUAACGAAUCUGGAAUUCUGGUGAACAAAAUUUCAGCAACAUCAACUUCUGACCAGACUUCCAGUCUGCAGCGUUUCUGUGGGGUGACUGCCAGAACGUGCAUUCCACGGCGAGGAAUCUCUUACUGGGAGACGGAAGUGGACUGCAUGGUACUAGAAUCGGCAGGAUUAAACAACGCGGCAGCAGCAGCAGUCGGUGUUUGUAUGGACGGACACUGUGACGAUGCACUAGGGAUUUGGAACAACACACAUGCUUGGUGUGUCUGUGUGUUCAGCUGUCCAUCUCACAACAGUCUCUGUUUACUUGUUGUGUCACGUGGAGAGGCCCUGGAUCACAGUCCUGUGACAGGUUUUAAACACGACACACGACUCACUGUCACACUCGGACUGUUAGUAGACUCAGACAACGCCACUCUCCGCGUUAUCCGCGUUGACGACAACACAGUUUUACACUCAGUCCCAAACAUCGACGUGUCAGGGCCGCUAAUGCCUAUGUUUCGUGUUGGCAGGCUGGAACUAUGUAACAACUAAUAUUCCAGUUACUGACCAUUUUGCCCAUAGCAAAGGUGUGUAGUGUAAUGUAGUGUAAUGUAUUUGUAUUGUGUGUGGUAUUUGUUGUAUAACGCACGUGCAUGGUAUGCCGCACGUACGUUUCUUGAGCGUCUGACCAGUGCAUUUUAAUCGUAUGUGUGUUGUAUAAAAGAUGAUUGUAUUGUGUGUGGUGUAUUCCAUCACUGGAGAUUGAUAUAUUGAAAUAUUGGUGUAGUAAAUAAGUAUUUCCAUAUUUGACAGAUCGGUUAAUUAUUAAAUAUAAAUAUAACGAAUGCCUUUCCAAUUAAGCGUUACGCAUUUUAUUUACAUGUAGAAGUAAAUGUGUAUUUUAUUUUGACAGCAAGUACGUUAACGGAAGUGACGUUGAUAAUGGAUUGCCUGUAUAAUUACUCAGGUUUUUAAUAAAGGCAGAUCAUGUUGUACAUGUUAUUUAUAUUCCUUGGUAUAAUUCAAUCAUAUUUGAAUUAUGAAUUAUGUUUAUGACUGAAUUUUGAUUGAAUGUUUUGUGUGUAUUAUAACUAUUUAAGCCUGUUAUAUUUAUUAUUGUCUAUUGUC